CUCGUCUACCCACCGAGCCGGCCGGCCGCCUACGCUACCCGAAAUGUCCCGCGGCGAGCGCCGGACUUUCAGCGGCCGCUCACUUACGCACCCGCGCUCGUGCUACCGGAGCUGUCUGCAGGAAUUUUAAUUUAUAUGUCUCGAUAUGUAUCGAGGAGAAUAAAAAACAAAAGACGACGUUCGAGAAGGAAAAUAUCAGUCGAUCUUCGUUAAUUCUAGAGGGCGUACUAUGGGAAAUAGUCAAUAACAAACUGUUCCAGAACGUGAUGCGAGACGUUCUGCAGGACCGAUCCAAUUUAUUUUACUCUCAAUUCAAAAUGAAUUUGCUCGAGAGGAAAAGAGUGAUACAGAAAUCGUACAUAUCUCCACGAACGUUAAUCAACCAUAUAUUAGAAGAAAUGCUGUUUGUCAUAGUGCACGAAGAAUCUGCGUUGGAUACUACGCAUUUGAUUCAGCACACGGAUAUCAGACAUACAAGCUAUCCGAAAGCAGUGUCCGACACGAACAGGAAAAAGACAAUUCAUAAAGAGGCACGAUUAUUGCAUCACGACAGAGAACACCCCGUUGCAAUACCGAAAUCACGGUCGGUAGCGAGAAUAUCCCUCCACGAGAAACCAAUCAUGCAUUAACGUGUAUAUACAGCUGUAUACAAUCAUUAUAGUUGCUAGCUAUUCGUCGCAACGUAAGGAUCCGCGAUCCUCCUGAAUACAGCCAGAAAUUUAUCACCUU